AUGGGAGAGUCAUAUAAGAAGAAGCAUGAUGAACAAUUGGAAUCAUUAAAGGAUGAUCCAGAAGUGAAUGACCUUGCCAACAACAUAAGAACACGUGCCGAGGCUGUCAACAACAUAUGUAAGAAAGAUGGUUUUUCUAUUGCUUGUCUGAAAGAAGUGACGAUAUUUGUUUCCUACAUGAAUGGCCAAGCUGCCUCUGCAAUCUUGGCAUGCAAAAAAGAUAUAUCGAUCAGCAACAAGAGCUUCAAUCUGGUCGUCAAUGAGUACUUGAACAAUAGUGAGCAGCUGCUGGAUUUUUGUUCUGCAUUGGAUCAGUUCGUGAAGUCAGCUCGGGAUAGUCAUUCAUAUACACAAUAUGUGGUUCAACAGUUUCUUGAAAGCAAGAUGGAAACUGAGUACUGCUUGAAGAUUUUGGAGAAACUGAAGAAUCUCAAAUCCUCUGAAGACAUCCAUGCUCAUUCUGCUGAAAGCUUGCACCAAAAGAUCAAAGCUCUGAUAACGCACUUUGAAAAGCUGUGCAGGAAUUUGAAGCAGGAAAUUGUUAAAAUUGAUGAAGAAAAGAAUCGUGUUGGUACCCAGAAGAAACGCACAAGUCUUACAUACAAGAGCAUUUCUACGAUUACUGUGAUUUGUGCGGGACUCCUAGGUGCAGAUUUCUUACUAGAUUUAGCAGACAUUGUUUCUGGUAUUGUAGAUUUUUCUGAUGGUGCUUCUGGUAUAACGGAUGCUGCUUCAUGUGCAACUAAUAAUUCUGCUACUCAUCCACAGCUUGAGCCAAUACAAGAAUAUAUUAGUAAUCAUGAGAAAGCUUCAGAAUAUGCUGUCAAGGCCGGGUUUAUGGCAGCUGUUGCAGUACCUUUAAAUGCUGGGCAUUCAUUAGCGAUGUCUUAUUAUGAUAAGAAACAAGAGGAUUUGGACAACAAGAAGAACGACAUAGACACAGUACGUAGAGAAAGUGAGGCAUCCAUUACAGAGUUGGGUAACAUUAAGUUUCGUAUUAAUCAGGUUGUAAACGAGAUAGAUUCACUUUUGGCCAAAACCAACACUGCAGUUAAAAUGAGUGACGUAGAUUUCUUAAUGAAGGAUAUGAAGCAAAAGCUGGAACAGUUCAUGAAGAAGAUAGACGAUUUGGAUGCAGAAGCAGUGAAAUGCAGCGCCGAAACAAUGCAGGCAAGGGAUGACGUGCGCAACAGAAUCAGACAAUAA